ACUUUUCUCACUGGUGUCUCUUGGCGCGGGCGGGGCUUGGAGGCAUGCGACAUAGAAAAGAAAAGCAUUUGGCACCCUUCCCCCGUGAGCACCCCAGUCCAGCGCGCUGCUCUCGCCACAUUCACCCGAGGAGCACAUGGGGCGCCGGGUUACGCUUAACCUGGAGGAUUUCCCGCGAAGUCGUCGGGGUUUGCGCUUCACGGAUGCAGAAGUUUCGCUACUUGCGAAUGAAGUUAAGAAGCGCAAAAGUAUCAUUUACGGCAACGACAACACCCCCCCGCAGCCGCACCAGGUGAGGCGGGCAUGGGAGGAGAUUGCGGAGAUAGUUUCGUCUCUGUGUGGCAUCCAAAGAAAUCCUGACCAAUGCAGAAAGCGAUAUAAUGACAUAAAAAGACGAGGACAGCCAGUUACCCCGGUGGUGCCUCGCCAGACAGAGAGGGCUGUGUCUCCACCCAAGAGAGAGAUGCGCGUGGUUCUACGAAAGAGAGGAAGGCCACCAAAGAAGCGAGAAAAAGUCACCAAGACCGUCUGCCCAGUACCAGAAUCUAAAAAGAAUGUGGAGCCACAGGAUUUGGAGUUCGAGGUUCAUGCUCCUAUAGAAGAGGACCCAGACUAUGAACCGAGCCCGAAGAAGCGAGCAGCGGUGAAGCCAGUCAUACCUGAAGUGGUAACCCUCCCAGUCCCACCGUCCCCCCGCGCGGCCCCUUCGUUGCCCAAGCCCAGGAGCAUAGCGACGGACAGGCACCCCUUCUUGGAGCUGCAGCAGGCGGGCUUUGACAUGCUGCAGAGCGAGCUGUCGGGCUUAAGAGACAGCAUUACGAGUCUGGAGAGCCGCAUGAGCCAGAUGGAGGUGCUGCUGAGGCCCAUAGGACACAUCGCCAACAGCCUGUCUCGUAUCGCCAGUGCUGUGGAGCGCCUCACAUGCCCCCCAUCGCCUUAG